AUGUUUUGGUUCGGAGAAGAAAUGUGAAGCAGUCGCAGUUAACUGACUGUUUCACCUUAAAGAUGAUAAGAUUAGUGUCAUCAGGUCUGUGUGGCUGUACAAAGUAUUUUAAACACCGGAAAAUACUGCCAGUAUGCUACUCAAGUCCAGUACAUUAUCAAAAUCAGUCUUUUAAUAAAGUUAAUAUCUGGAGGCUCUAUGGCACGAGUAAUGGUCAAGAUCCAAGCUUGAAAAGGUUUCGAAGUUAUAAGAGAAUAUUUGCAAUAUCCCUUUUCACUGGAACUUUCAUACUUGCUUGGUAUUUGAAGAAGGUAAAAGGAGAGAAAUUGAGGACACUUCUUGAAGACUUCACUCGGCUUCCUGUUGAUGAAUCUCUCUUUGGUGCAGAAGUGUCCUUAUACAGACACAAAGGCUAUGUCUUCCCUGGGCAGCUGGUCAUGUCAGGUGUAUUUAAGCAGCUGCCAGACUUCCAGUUUAGGUCCAGUGAUGUCAUUGUUGCUAGCUAUCCUAAAUGUGGAACGACAUGGAUGCAAGAAAUUGUGUAUAUGCUUACUCAUAACUUUGAGAAGACUGGUGCAGCAAAUGAAGUUUUAGAGACAAGAUUCCCCUAUCUGGAGUACCCAUAUCCAGGCAUAAAGUCAGUCGCUGCCAAACCAGGACCUCGGUUGAUCAAGACCCACCUGCCCUUGGCACUGUUACCACCUUCAUUUGACAAUAGUAAUGCAAAGCUGAUUUACAUCACCCGUAAUCCUCGUGAUGCAGCUGUCUCCUACUUCCACUUCAUGAAACUUUUGACAGCUUGCAGUUACCAGGGAAGUCUAUCAACAUUCUUCAAGAUGUUCCUGUCUGAUAUGGUUAUGUAUAGCCCUUUCUUUGACCAUGUGCUGGGUUACUGGAAACGCAGAGAACAGUCAAAUAUUAUGUUUGUUAAAUAUGAAGACCUCCUUAAGGACCCAGUAAAUAUAAUUAAGAAAAUUGCUGAAUUUUUAGAGGUGGAAGUGUGUGAUGCAGAUGUGGUGUACGUAGCACACUCAACAUCAUUUAAGUCUAUGUCUGCAAAUGCUAGUGUGAAUUAUGAGCAUUGGAAGGAUCUGGGAUUUGCACACAAGGAUAAAGGAAAAUUCUUAAGGAAAGGUAAAGUAGGUGAUUGGCAGAACCAUAUGACCGAAGCAGAAGUUGCAGCCUUUGAAGAGUGGGAGAAGAAACAUUUGGCCAACUCUGAUCUUACUUUUACAUUUACAUUACCAGAGGCAGAAAUUGAUGUGGCUUGAUAAUAAAAAUGCAGGAGUAGAUCAUUAAUAUAUAUAUAAUGUUUUAUGUAGUCUUAUAAAUAUUUACAAACUCAGAAGUAUUGCAUUACUGAACAAUAAUUUUCAUGUAAAUAUUUUUAAUAUAUAUACAUUGUGAUUAUCAUAUACAAAAGAUUAUAUGUAUAAAUUAAAAUAAAGAGACUGAGAUAUA